GCAGCCGGCGGGGCGCGCACUCGGGCGGCGGCGCGUGCGCUUGGGGCGGCGAGCGCGCGCGGCGAAGUUGCGUGUGGGACGCGGCGCCGCUCGCUCUGUCGCUGCGGGGCUGUGUGGGGGCCGCGGCCGCCUGAACUCCCCCCCCCCCCGCCUCCGCCCCGCUCCUCCUUUCGCGGCCGGUCACCGGCGCUUCUCCGCCGCUUCGCCGGCUGCAGAACAGUGAGGCAGAGUUUGGUAUGAUACCAUGGAAGGGCAGCAUAACCAUCCACAUCAUCUAGGGGACCAGAACAACCCUCUUUGCAAGCUGCCAGGGCAAGAGUACCAGCAUGAUCCUCAGAGACAUUUAACAUCGUACCCGUAUCGCUGCACACUGGCAGAUUUUCAGAUAGAGAAGAAGAUUGGACGAGGACAAUUCAGCGAAGUUUACAGAGCAACUUGUCUUCUGGACAGGAAACCUGUGGCAUUAAAGAAAGUUCAGAUUUUUGAAAUGAUGGAUGCCAAGGCAAGGCAAGAUUGCAUUAAAGAAAUUGACCUCUUGAAGCAACUGAACCAUCCCAAUAUUAUUAAGUAUUUGGAUUCUUUUAUUGAAGACAAUGAACUUAACAUUGUCCUGGAGCUGGCCGAUGCUGGUGAUCUCUCCCAGAUGAUUAAGUAUUUUAAAAAGCAGAAACGGUUAAUCCCGGAAAGGACAGUGUGGAAAUAUUUUGUGCAGUUAUGCAGUGCAGUUGAACACAUGCACUCCCGCAGGGUGAUGCACAGAGACAUAAAACCAGCCAAUGUGUUUAUAACAGCCACAGGGGUGGUGAAGCUGGGAGAUCUUGGAUUAGGCCGUUUUUUCAGUUCUAAAACCACUGCAGCACAUUCCUUAGUGGGAACUCCAUACUAUAUGUCCCCAGAAAGAAUACAUGAAAACGGCUAUAACUUUAAAUCCGAUAUCUGGUCUUUGGGCUGUUUAUUGUAUGAGAUGGCAGCUCUUCAGAGUCCUUUCUAUGGAGAUAAAAUGAACCUGUUUUCUCUUUGCCAAAAAAUAGAGCAAUGUGACUACCCACCUCUUCCAGCUGAACAUUACUCUGAAAAGCUGCGGGAGCUGGUCAGCAUGUGCAUAUACCCCGAUCCUGAUCAAAGACCUGACAUUGGUUACGUGCACCAAAUAGCGAAACAAAUGCAUGUGUGGACCUCCAGCACAUGAAGCGUCUGCAGCCGCUCUCGAGAAGCCAGCACAGCUCAGUCUUACUUGAAUUCUUCUUUUCUCAGCUGAAACCAAGUGGUGCCUUGUCAGCCCCGAGGGAGGGUUGAGCACUCGUAGCAAGAGGCUCCAUUAUUUCUGCAGGUUAUUUGACAAGGACUCUUACGCCGUGGUCAUGCUUUAACGUGAAGAUUCUGUGAGGUAUUGCAAGUGAUUUUUUUUGUUGUUUUCUUUUCCAGGCCAAUAACAUGUUACAGAUGUAGAUCAUUUAAGGGUCCUUUCUUAAAACUGUCGUGUGUAAUCUAGGAUAGAUAAUAACAAGGGUGCAGGUUUGCUGCACCCCCUCUAUCUUAACUGUAAUGUGAACUAUUGAAAUAAUUCCUUCAGUGAAAUCACUUUAUACUAAUGUAAGAAUUACAGUAGAUUUUGUGUAAUUUGUAUAACUGCUACUUUGCCUCUUCUGCAAAUGUUCAAUAGCAAAUUCAGUUUUUACUUCGUAUAUUUUAAAGCAGCCAUUUAUGUGUUUUUAUUAAUUCCCUCUUCUUCAGACAUAGGAACUGGGAAGGGUUUGGGGGGUGGGAAACUCAUUUGUUUCAAGUUUUUUUUUUAAUGGAAAAUGUAGAGCGAGUGUUUUGCUGAUGCAUUGAUCUGUUAACAUGGCUACAGCCAGCGAGAUAAGGAUGUACCUAGGGACAGAGACAAGGAAUAUGCCAACAAACCAACCCAAAGCAAGCCUUGCUCCUGUAAGGGAUUGCUCUUUACACUUCUUUUCCCAUUUGGCAUGAGUCUUUUUAGACUACAGGUCCCUGUUAGAAUCCAGUGUUGUAUUGGAGCCAACUCGAUUUUGGUGAAGAUACUUCUCCGUGUUCAGUCCUACGUCAGGUACCGUAGGCAGAACUGAAGCAAAGCAGUGUUUAAACACUUUGACCAUUUUUUAACCAGAAAGAAGUCAGUUGCUUUGUGUGUCUAAUUCUCCACAAGGAUGAGCCCCGUCCGUUCAACUGUGAAAGCUCAUUUAUAAAAUGUGAAGUUUUGUAAGAUCUCCACCUGAUUUGAAGGAGUCUUCUUUAACUACAUGGAAAUUGUCAACCAGCUAAAUUCAUUCAUUGAAUCAAUGAUUUGUUUCAUUACUGUCGAGGGAAAAUAGUCACUGCUUUAGGAACAAACAUGGAUUCACGUUCAAGUGUUUCCAUUUCAUGUGCCUGUUCAGAGGAACAGGCUGCACUUAACGUUCUUGAGGGCUCCAGCAGGGGAAGGCACACGCCUGUCCUGUGGCAGCACUGCUUCCAUGUGUGACGAUGGCUAAUGCCAAAGUGUACAUUUGUGUGUGACAGUUCACAUGCAGCCUGUGCCUGUUGGGUUUUUAUUCUGAAGAGAAGCAUACAAUCCUUAAUGUUUUGGAAAUAGGAUUAGGGUUAGAGGGUUACCUACAUAUAUAUGCUUUUAGUGGAUUUCUUUUUUAACCUAAUGUGCUUUACUUAAAGGAAAACUGCAGUGCUGUCUUCAACUCCAUCCCAUACAAUUUUAAACUAUAUAGGAUAGCAAGGAAAAGCUGUUAAUUGCUGUGAAUAAGGUUGGUAUCGUUAAUGCAGGGUGCCAUUUCAUUGAGUCCUCUCAGCAGAAAGUUGAGCCUGCUGCUCUCAGGAGAGAGGCAGGAAAUUCAAAUCAGCAUGAGAAUGUAGUGGAUGCACCAAAUUGCUUCCUCUGUUCCCAUGCUAACGUGGUUAAUUUAUACCCGGCUUCUUCAGGAGUUCUUACAUUUAAGACUGAAGACUGUCACUCUGACAUUGCAGCUUUCCUUUAAGCCAGGGUGGCGGCCCCACGUUCAGAGGGACGGAUGUGCUGCGCCUCUCUUGGUGUAACACAGAAAAGGAUCUUUGGCUUCCAGGGAAGCUCAGAUUGAAUCCGAGUCUCUUGAGAAGUCUGGUCACUUUCUUGCUACAUAGAAUUUCUUAGUGCUUCUACGAAAAUGUAUUUCAAAAGGUAAUUUUUUUGCAAUUGUGCAUUUUUAGAUAAAUAAAAAAAUGAUUUAAAAAAUAAA